AUGAAUUAUUUUUUCAUUUAUGGGGAUUGCCCGCAGUAUUAUCAAUUGAUUGCAACUCUUUUAUCGGAGGAGUCUUUGCUUCUACACGGCAAGCAUGGAUUAUCAUCGUCUAACUACCUCGACUUUAUGGGGCCGAUGCUCAUGGUUGUAAGGGCAUCAUGCAACGAUUUGUUGCUUGUGUCCCCUGAUUCCCGUUAUCGAGUGGGAAGAAACAAUCCACGGAGGUAUUACAUCUGUAAUCCGGUGACUAGAAAGUGGUUUCGCAUUCCUAGCGAUCCUUCUUAUGAAGCAAGGGCUGGGUUUGCAUUAGUUUUCCCUCCCGGUUCUAACGGGCCAUACAAGGUGGUAUUACUUGACUAUCCCAGUUGUCCUCAUACGUUUGAAAAUCCUGUCGACCACUACAUACUACCAGUGCUUGUGUUUUGCUCAGAGUCACGGCAAUGGACCAAAUCUUCUAUCUUGGUACCUAAGCGUGCAAUCAAUGACUAUAGCAUUGACUUGAAUAUUGUUGUGUGCAAUGGGACUCUGUACUGGAUGGACGGUUUAUAUGAACGUGACCGGGUUGUUUCUUUAGAUUUGGGCAACAAUCAUUGUUCUGUUAUUUACUUCCCGGACAUUGUGCGUAACAGCACAAGUGAGGUGCCAAACUCGAGGACUUACCUUGGAGUUGUGAGGGACGAGUUGAGGUUGUUGCACGUUUUGAAGGCCGGGCCGGGCCGGAAAUGCUUCGUCGUGGGGGUUUGGGAGUUGGACCGUCGGGAUUGUUCGUGGGCCUUGGUCGGUCAAAGGGAGUUGAGUUUUUUGGAUGACUACGACAGGGACGCAUUGGUUGGUGCCGCUUUUCAUCCGAAACAUUGUGACUCGAUUUUCGUCGUGUGUGGAAAGAGUGUUUACGAGUGUGCGGUUUCCAAGGACAAAUGUCGCAAGCUCGGGGAGAUUCGAGAAUCUAUAGGCAACGAGGGUCUCGCGGCCUUUGUUCUCACACAUCCACCGUGGCCUACGCCAGUUCCAUGUGUUUAG